AUGAACAUCUUCCGUAUACUCGGCGACUUGUCGCAUCUCUUCUCCAUCCUCAUCCUGCUGCACAAGAUGAAGACAUCUAGUAGCGCAUCAGGCAUCUCGUUCAAGUCGCAAUUCCUCUACCUCGUCGUAUACGUCACCCGAUACCUUGACCUUCUUUGGACAGACCCUUUCAGAAGCUUGUGGAACACCACCUUCAAGCUCGUUUUCAUUGGCACCUCCGCUUAUAUCAUCUACCUGAUGCUCAACGACUACAAGCCUACCCACGAUCCAAAUCUCGACACCUUCAGAGUUCAGUACUUGGUCGCCGGAAGUGCCGUAUUGGGCAUUCUAUUCCCCUACAAAUACCAACCUGCCGAGAUGCUUUGGGCCUUCUCGAUCUGGUUGGAAGCAGUCGCCAUUCUGCCUCAAUUGUUCAUGCUCCAGAGAACCGGCGAAGCAGAGACUAUCACCACCCACUAUCUGUUCGCCCUCGGUGCUUACAGAGCCCUUUACAUCCCCAACUGGAUCUACCGCUGGUUCACUGAGGGCCACUUUGAGCCUAUUUCUGUCAUCGCAGGUCUGGUUCAGACUGUUCUGUACUCGGACUUCUUCUACAUUUACUACACCAAGGUCUUCCAAGGCAAGAAGUUCAACCUGCCCGUGUAG